CUGAAUCUUUGCCAAACUAUUUUAGUACAAAGUACAAAGUCAACUUCCCAUUAAUGUCCUGUAGUUGCAAUUCUCUCUAAACUCUUGUUCAGUCAUCUUUUCUGCAAGAAUGGCCACAGAUGGUAAGGUCAUCAAGUGCAAGGCAGCAGUGGCCUUUGAGCCCAACAAGCCUUUGGUGAUUGAGCAGAUUGAGGUAGCUCCGCCCCAGGCCGACGAGGUCCGCAUCAAGAUUGUGGCAACUGCAGUGUGCCACACAGACCUGUAUCAUCUGUUUGAGGGUAAGCAUAAAGACGGCUUCCCAGUAGUCCUCGGCCAUGAGGCAGCCGGCAUCGUAGAGAGCGUCGGGACAGGAGUCACUGAAUUUCAGCCAGGAGACAAGGUUAUCCCUGUGAGCUACUCUCAGUGUAGAGAAUGUCGCUUCUGUAAGAGUCCUAAGACCAACCAAUGUCAAAAAGCAUGGUCCAAUAUUCGUCAAGAUGUGAUGGUAUCAGUAGAUUCCAGGUUCACCUGUAAGGGGAAGAAGGUGCAGCAGUUUACGGGAACCAGUACCUUCUCUGAGUACACUGUGGUUAACCAGAUGGCUCUGGCUAAGAUCGACCCCGCUGCCCCUCUAGACAAAGUCUGUCUCCUUGGAUGUGGGAUCUGCACAGGAUAUGGAGCAGCAGUUAAUACUGCUAAGGUGGAACCGGGCUCCACGUGUGCUGUGUUUGGCCUGGGAGCUGUGGGUUUGGCUGCAGUCAUGGGCUGCAAGGCUGCAGGAGCCGAGAGGAUUAUCGCUGUCGACACCAAUCCAGAGAAGUUUGAGAAGGCCAAGGUGUUUGGCGCAACUGACUUCGUGAACCCCAAGGAUCACACUAAACCCAUCAGCCAAGUGGUGUCCGAGAUGACCAACGGAGGAGUGGACUACUCCCUGGAAUGUGUCGGGAAUGUGGGAGUCAUGCGCAGUGCCUUGGAGUCUUGUGUGAAAGGUUGGGGUGUCAGUGUGAUUGUUGGCUGGACAGACUUGCAUGACACUGCUGCGAGACCGAUUCAGCUCAUCGCUGGACGCACAUGGAAGGGCUCCAUGUUUGGAGGUUUUAAGGGUAAGGAUGGAGUGACUCAGAUGUGCAAAGCCUACAUGGACAAGAAGUUGAAGGUGGAUGAGUUCAUCACUCACAACAUGACCUUGGACCAGGUCAAUGAUGCCAUUGAACUGAUGAAGCACAGCAAAUGCAUCCGGACGGUCCUGAAUGUUUCUCCACAAUAAGUCCACAGCAACACUACUCAGUGAAUCAUCUGCAACGUUCACAUAAGCAAAAGCUAAACAUGUCAAAGUGUUUAUAGAGCAAAAUAAAUGGUGAGUGCAUGAGAGUGCAUGCCCCCGCACCCCAGCAAAAGUGGAUAUCAUUUUUAUCAAUCAUUAAGAAUACAGGCAAUUGAAAUAAACAAUAUUCAUGUAAACAAAAUA